AUGGACGGUUCGCUGGCCCUGGAAUGCAAGCACUUAGGCUGCACCAACAAUUCCUACGAUGCCGAGCUGGACCGGGCAUUCAACGACGCCCCCUAUUUUAUUCAUUUAUGUCUCUCAGAGCCAUGCGUGGCUCCAGACAUGGAUGGCGUCGACACCACUCAAGGCCUGCAUGCAACUCGUGUCAGGUUGUGGGAUAUGAGUGCCUUCGUGAGGGAUCAGGUCUACGUUACUGCAGACUGUUUGGCCUUAGCAGAUCGAUGGCUCAAGGAGGCUGGGGAAACCCGUGCCCCUCACAAAGCCAAGGCCAAACCCGGGGCGCCGCCUGGCCCUGGCCGGCGCAAGCCAGCAGCCAAAGGCGCCGACGCGGCCCCCAAACCCGGUCGUGGACGUCGUGCACCUGCAGAGAAGGCGCAGCGUUUGAAGGAGACUCGAGAACGUCUACAAGGCAAGGUGAAGGAGACCACCGAGGUAGAGGAGAUACCCGGGUCAGAUGUAGAGAGCCGGGGUUCAGAGGCGCCUUCAACCAUAGACUCAGGCUAUGCGGAGGACGAAGGACUGAUCAGUGGGCUGAAUAUGGAGACCAAGUCGAAGAAGAAGGAGAAGACGGAGGCUGUCCUGGACAGGACAACUUCUGGGGACCCACGACGCCUCCUGAAGUCGAAGGACUCCAAACAACUGGCUUUAAAAGACAUCACUACGAGCAGCUUGAGUGGCCAAUUGGUUCGCAAAGCUUUGGAAGUCACCUCCAAGCGGAAAGAAGACAAGAAGCAGAAGAGAACCAAGAAGGGCAAGAGUCGUACCACGAAGAUCACCGAGACGCUGGUCAAACUUCUCACAGGGAAAGAGAUACCCUCAGACAAGAAGCGGAAGAAGCGCAAGACGAGGAGAUUGGAAGAUGGGACGAUUGUCAGCUCCAGUCCCAGCUGCAGCGACUACUCGGAGGAGGAUGCGUCCGAGAAGGCGAGCCCAGAUGCGGAGCUGGAAGCGCCUAUGCAGAAGAAGAGCAGGGACAACCCUGGAUCGGUGCUGCGGCUUCUGGUGGACCACAUUCGACAACAGAUGGAUCAGACUGCCCUUUUGGAAUGUGGGAACGAAAGUCGGGAGACGUUGCCAGCCUGGGAGAUACGUUGGCGGCGCGAUACAUGGCCAUCCAUCAAAGCUUGGUGGAUGCUUCCUGGUCGACGGCUCGUCACAUGGACGCACCCCAUGGAAGACAGCUCAGCCGCCGGUCAAGCCACGGUGUUGGCCACCAGGAAGCAUGCCAGACUAGUCUCAGAGGCGGUAGGAGCGCUACCUCUAAGCGGCGCGAGUGGCAUUGCUGGCAAAGGCCGUGCAAGCCGUGGCAAAGGAGAGUGGUCCUAUGGGGACAAUCGAGACGAGGGCAAAGGCAAUGCCAAAGGACGCGGAAAAGGAAAGAAAGGAAAAACCAAAUGGGGGGGCAAUCAAGGUGCCUCCUGGGAGAAGACACAGCGCGACUGGGAGAAGAACAAGGACAAGGCUCGGGCUCCGCUGGGCCUUCACCGGCCAGCUCUCCUUGGGAGAAGCCUUCAGGCUCCCAGAGGGCUCCGCUGGGCCUUCACCGGCGAGCUCUCCUUGGGAGAAGCCUUCAGGCUCCCCAGGGGGCUCCGCUGGGCCUUCACCGGACAUUUGAACUCACAGAAGUCAACUCUUUUCUUCACCCUGUUUAACUCCACUGCAUGGCCCCGGGCCAGCCGUAAGCGCGUGGCCCUGCCUGUGAGGCUGGGGGAACUGAGAAUGGUAAGAGGCAGGCUCCUGGAGAGCUCAUUUGCUGGGGCUUUGCAACACGCCUUUGUGCAAGAAUUCCCUGAAGCCGAAAAGAGGGUCGUGCUCUCCAUACGUGGCGCUGUGAAGAACAUGUUGCGCCACAGUGUUGACAUGCGAGCCGACUUGAGUGCCAUUGAAAAAGAUGUCAAGCUGUUGUUGUUGAAUCCUGAACUGUGCCUACUCCCCGACAAGGGUCAGAAACUCCCCAAACUGCCUGCCAUGGGCUUCUUUGAAUCUAUUUGGGAGUUCGUGGGCAGAAAACAAUUUUCACUGGACUUGGUGCGCAGAGUUCGCCGGGAACUCUUCACCUGCGUGGCACCAGCUUCCCUUAUGCAAGCAAACCUGGCCUCUGGUGUUAGUGGUUUUACUACCGCCUCAGAUGCAUCACACUUUGGAGGUGCUGUGGGCCUUGCAGACAGUCUGACUGAUGAAGGGUCCUUGGACAGAGAGCUCCUUUCGGAGAUCUUACUGAAAUUUCCUGAAGUAAGGGAACUACACCUCUGGGCAGGUUUUCCCUGUGUGGAUUUGUCUUCGGCAAAGGCGGGUCGUGAAGGAUUAGCUGGUGCUCAAUCAAGCUUGUUCUAUGAGGUGGUUAGGAUCAUCAAACUCUUGAAACAGGAGUGUGAACCUACCUUUACUGUUAAGUACGCUACUGAGAAUGUUGCUUCAAUGCCGAAGAAAGACCUGGAGGAGAUCUCCGCAGAGUUGGAAACAGUUCCUUUUCAUUUGAACAGCAGCGAUGCCGUCCCUAUGAACAGACCGCGACUGUGUUGGACGAGUGAGUCCUUGUGGGACGCUGUUACUGGCAUUGAAAUUGAGGAAGAACAUUUCUGGUGGAAGGUCACAGCGAAAAAUGUCUACCCUGAUCAACAGCACUGGUUGGAAGCAGGCGUUAAUCAUACUGGCUCAGACGUGCGCAUCAGCACAGGUGAGAUCAUGGUCCCGAAAGCCUUUCCACGUCAAAGCGUUGAAGCCGAGUAG